AUGGUUGUUAAUUUUCAAUGGCCAUGGUUGGGAGUAAUAAUACCUUGCGUGUUGAUCGCUGGAAUAGGGUAUGGUUCGCACCUUUUCGUAUUUGCGGCGUAUCUAUCUAACGAAAAGCAAAUCAUAUUCGAAGUCCUUUUAUCGAUAUUGUGGUUCUCCUACUACCUUGCCAUAGUAACAGAUGCUGGCACUCCACCCAAAAAUUUCCAACCGCCAGAAGGUGAAUGGAAAAGAUGGUGUAAAAAAUGUAAAAACUACAAACCUGAGAGAUCCCAUCAUUGUAAGACCUGCAAGAAGUGUGUACUUCAAAUGGACCAUCACUGCCCUUGGACUUAUAAUUGUGUUGGGCAUUCGAAUUUACCUCACUUCUUGAGAUUUUUGGUAUGGGUAAUGGUAUGUACCACAUUUGUAGCCGUAGAGUUGGGGAAAGUUGCCUUAAAAUAUUACGAGGAUAGAAACUUGCCCUCCUAUCUUGUGAAUAAGGUUGAGAUGUUUGCAGUUAUACUUUUAUUACCCUUAGACAUCUUUGUAUUGGCGUCAAUAUUGAUACUUUUCAUAAGGUGUGUUAUCAACUUUGCAUUCAAAGGGAUGACGCAGAUCGAGGUAUGGGAAUUGGAAAGAAUUGAGAGCCAAAUACGAAAUGGUAGAAUUUGGACCCAAAUAAAGAAAAAUUAUCGUGCCUUGCAUGGAAAGGAGUUGCCAAAAUUGGUCAGUUGGAGUAAGCAUUCGCGGUUCCAUGAGGAAGAACCUGAACUUGAGGAAGAUGAUAUAUCUGACUUAGAAGGGUACGAGUAUGAAAUUGAGGAAAGUAUAGAAGAAGAGGAAGACGCAGUUGCUAGUAGUGUAGUUAGUAAAACUGAAACUAGGCACGACUUUACUUCUGAUGAUUUGAUAUUUCCUUAUGACUUGGGGUUCUGGCGAAAUUUAACCGAUGCAUGUGGAAGUCCAUUGGUGUGGAUGUUUCCCUGGGGUAAACCUAGAACCCUGGGUUAUCUAUUUAUAAAAAAUGAGGAUGUGGAAGAGGAUCAGUUAGGGUUGCCUUGGCCUCCUGACGGAGGGCACCAAGAGAAUCUUGAAGGUUUUGUCGAUGAGCUUGACUCAAUUCAAUUAGAAGACUUAUCAGAAGAAGGAAAGAGAAGGAAGCUUAUGAGAAUCAGGGACCCAAGGAGUACAUUGAGAAGAACUGAAUGGAUGAACGAUUUUGGAGAGACUUUGGACGAUUUCGGGGUCGACCUCGACGCUGAGGACGCUGAGAAUGACCAUUUGUUAGCUAAAUAG